UCCACCCCACGUCAACCUCCCUUGACUGGCUGGGCUUGUUAGUGCUCACGCCCGUACCUGUUCGCUGGCACAGAGGCUGAGACACCUGUCAGACAGAAAAGCAAAGGGCUCUGCCUGCGCUCGCACCUGCCACACUCAGUGGGACCCGCCGUCACCAGACCCUCCAGGACAGCAGGUGACUGUGAAGGAAGCUGAGCAGAAACCAAACAGAGGACUCCAGCACAGCGAUGUCGAAGCCAAAGGAGGCAGACAGAGCGACUGUGGUUCGUUCCACCCAAGUCCGGACCAAGCUGAAGGGAGACAACAGCUGGUGCAAGACCCCCAGAGAAACCGAGGGCGAGCCUCAGGAGGAGAAACCGUGGUUGGCAGAAGUGAGAGCCCGCCGUGCGAACGGAGCUCCCACUGAGACCAGUCCUGUUACCUCACCGGUUAAAUCCACCCCCCCACCCAUAGCCGCUAAGCCUGAAACUGAAAGAGCAACAGCUCCGGGAUACAGGACCAGAGGUGUCUUCACUCAACCAGACAAGUCUGUUACAGCUCCUACUUCUAAUGGCUUCAGCCAAACAACACAAUUCAACAAAAAGCCUUCAGACAGCUACAAAAGAAUAGCGCCGCACACCGUGAGGCCCACCUCAGAGAACCAGGCGGGCCAGCUGAGCUCCGAGGAGCAGGAGAAACGGACGGAGGCGGCCAGUAAUGUUCUGAGGAAAUCCUCGGCGAGGCAGCGGUCUUAUGUGCUCUCCGCCGCCAAGAAGUUUGAAUCUCAACCACCUGACACAACAGUGGUCAACAACACUGUGUCAUUUGUGGCUACAAGGGUGGAGAUUACUGAUGAAGAUGAGAACGCGCCUGUCAGCGCCGUGCAGCCGUCCCCCGUCGUUCCCGCCGCAUCUGCUGCCUCGGCGCCGGAGCCCAGCCCGUGGAAGACAGUCAACACCAGCGCCAAGACAGCUGUUGAUGUUACUGUUACUGAGCCGGUGGCGCCCAAGCUGCCUGCGGUCACGCCGGCCCCCGUGAAGGAAGCCCCUCCCCCGGCAUCCGUUAGCAAUAAGGACCUGUUUGAAGACGCGAAACCAGGGAGCACCAAGGUGGCCACUCCCCUCCCCGAACUGAUCGCAGAGUGCAUUGAAGCUGCUUCUUCAAAGGCAGCGUCUGAGGUUUCAGACGUUUCCCGAGAAGCUGACAAAUUACCGAUUGACCAUACCCUGCCAUCAAAACUGCCAAAAUGGCCUCCUCCGAAACCCACUCCCGACGAUUCAGAUGAUGCAGAUGAUUCGGAACCAGCAGCACCGGCGCUGCGGCCUGCGGUGUCUCCCCCUGCAGCAUCUCCUGCCCCACUGGCACCUGCCCCAGUGGUACCGGCCCCAGUAGCACCUGCCCCGGUGGCACGCACGCCAAUAUCACCUACCAGAGUAGCACCUGCCCCAAAAUCACCUGCUCCAGUGGCACCAGCAGCAGUAUCCCCUACCCCAAUAUCACCUAAUCCAAUAUCACCUGCCCCAGUGGCUCGUACGCCAAUAUCCCCUACCCCAAUAUCACCUAAUCCAAUAUCACCUGCCCCAGUGGCUCGUACGCCAGUAUCCCCUACCCCAAUAUCCCCUACCCCAAUAUCACCUGCCCCAAUAUCACCUGCCCCAGUGGCUCGUACGCCAGUAUCCCCUACCCCAAUAUCCCCUACCCCAAUAUCCCCUACCCCAGUGGCACGUACACCAUUGUCAACUACAACUGCAAUCACAGUGAACACAGAGCCUAAGCCUGAGUCUAAAUAUGAGCCGAAACCUGCUUCUGAGUGGAAGCCGUCUUCAAAACCAAGCUCCGGUGUUGACACACUCGCUGCCUUGUCGGACACCCUUAUUUCUUUCGACACAGAAUCCUCCAGCACUAGGAAUGAUGAGCCAGCACUGGCAAAGGAAGAAGCGGGCUCAAAGGAGACUCGCACCACGGAGAGCAGGGCUGAGCAGGAUGACGAUGAUGAAGAUUCAGAUGACGCUGAGGAAAAUUACAAAUACGAUGACAACGACUCAGACACAGACUCGGAUAAAUCUGACAAUUCAGAUGAAGGUGGCUGUGAUGGCGUGUCUGAUCGUUCCCGCAGCGAUCCUUCUAGCUCUGAUGAGGAGGAGGAGCUGGUGGCGCCGGUUCCGCCCAAUCCCGCACGCUCACCCUGGAGUCAGGAGCUGCUUAGUGAGCUGCGCAGUGAAAUAGCCCCUCAGAAGACCAGCGGCACACUGGAUCUCCUGACUGAUGAAGUCACCUUAAUCAACCCAGAGAGUCGCAGCCUCAGCGUGCAGCGUGAGGAGGAGAAGCAGACAGAUGAGACAGCCAAGGAAACACAAAGCAAAGAGGACAAUGCAGAUCCCUGGAGUUCACGUGUGAGAACCACCAUCACUGAGUGGAGCUCGGCUGAUCCGUUUGAUCCAUAUCCGAUAGGGACCACAUCCCCUAACAGCUCCUCUGACCUGCUCAAGCCCCUCUCCAGUAUUUCCAUCAACAGAGAAUCUUCUACGGAGUACCAGAAACCAGCUCCAGAAAUAAGGAUGAGCAGUAAUACGCUGGAAUCCCUCGCAGACGACAUCAUCCCCAUCGACACCGCCACAACACGCAUCAGCACUCACCGGUCGUGGACGCGCACGUCAGAAACCAGCACACCUCUGCGGGCCGGCACAGACGAGAGCCAGGAGGAAGAAGGCCAAGUUGAGAAUACUCAGACGAUGAUCAAGUUCGAGAGAAAGUCCUCUGAGAAUGACUCCCCAUGGGACAGGUGGACAUCUCCCACUGUCUACAACAUUACAUCCACUACAGCGGAGGAUGAGCAGGAAGAAGAGGAAAGCCUCGGGGAGUCACACACAGUCACCACCAUCACCACCAUCAGGGAGAUGCACAGCGAGCUGGAGCCGGUUAUGGAUCGAUAUGAAAGCUAUUCCAGGACUGUGAUACGGGACGAGCCACGCGCCCCAUCUCCAGAGCCUGAACCCAAGAAGGGGUUCGUCUAUCUGAAGGAGUACGUCAAUGCAACAGAGAUGUCUGCGCUGAACUCCAGGGACGGACUCGAUAGCGAAUCCGAUUAUCUGACUUCAAGCUCCCUCAAUUACUCGUACGGCAGCCCUUCCUACUCCGGGGCGCCGCUGUCGUCCAGCUGUACGUACUGCGGACAGCAGGUGGGCGAAGACUCCAAGAUCACCAUAGAGCACCUUGGGAUCAACUGCCACCCCGCCUGCUUCAAGUGCGGCGUGUGCAGCCGGCUUAUGGGAGACCUUCUCCACAGCAUGUUCUUACAUGGAGGGAAAGUCCACUGCGAGAGCUGCUACUCCAAAGUCUGAUUAUGGGAGCUACUUCAGCAGCCUCUUAUCCUCGUCCUGCUUCCUUUGUGCUUAUUAGCAUAUAAAGUGAGAACUGCUCCAUCACAAAGUUUGGACCGUAUUUGAUUUGAACCUCGGAGUAAUAUAGUUAAAGAUGAUCAAACUGACUGUCAGUGAAUGUGAUUACUUUCCGUUGACGCUUGCAUUGGGUUUCAUCUGUAAUGUCUCAACUUGUUGUACAAUCCGACGUCGUUUUUAUUUCUUGGUGGUG